AUGGACUAUGACGCUGUGCUGGCAAAGCGGCGCGCCCACAUCGGCCCCAACACAACGCUCGUCUACAAGCGCCCGCUGCACAUGGUGCGCGGAGAGGGCUGCAGGCUCUGGGACGCAGACGGCAACGAGUACCUGGACUGCGUCAAUAAUGUGGCGCAUGUUGGACACUGCCACCCCAAGGUGACGGCAGCCAUCGCGCUGCAGCUGGCAACGCUCAACACGAAUGCGCGCUACCUGCACGAAGGCCUCAGCUCCUACGCUGAAGCGCUGACAGCCACCUUCCCAGAGGAGCUCUCGGUGGCAUACUUUGUCAACUCGGGAUCAGAAGCGAAUGACCUGGCGCUGAGGAUAGCACACUGCGCGGCGCCGGGGGCGACGCAUGUGGCGAUCAUGGGAGGCGCGUACCACGGACACACAAAGGCGGUCAUCGACUUGUCCCCCUACAAAUACGAGGGGCCCGGGGGCGAGGGACGGCAACCCUACGUGCACGUCCUGCCCUGCCCAGACCCCUACAGGGGACAGCAUUUGGAUGGGCGAAAGGCGGCAAAGGCAGCCAUAGCACAGGCGCAUGCAGCGGGCGGGCGGAUUUGCGCAUUCUACUGCGAGUCGGUGCUUUCAUGCGGCGGCCAGAUCAUCUUGCCGGAGGGCUACCUCAGAGAAGUGUACGAGGAGAUGCAUGCAGAGGGCGCUGUGUGCGUGGCGGACGAGGUGCAGUGCGGCUUUGGCCGCGCAGGUGACCACUUCUGGGCGUUCGAGGAACAAGGCAUUGUGCCUGACAUCGUCACUCUUGGAAAGCCCAUCGGCAACGGUUUUCCCCUUGGCGCUGUGAUAGUGCAGCCAAAGUUUGCAGCGGCCUUUUCCAACGGGAUGGAGUACUUCAACACGUACGGCGGCUGCACGGCAGCAGGCGCCGCCGGCAUGGCGACGCUGCGAGUCAUCCAGGAGGAAAAUUUUCAGGCGCGCGCCAAACGCGUCGGGGUCUACCUGACAGCUAAGCUCAAGCAGCUGCAGCAGAGGUUUGAGUUUGUGGGCGACGUGCGCGGGAGCGGGUUGAUGAUAGGGGUGGAGAUUGUCGACAACAAGGACUCGAAGAAACCGGCGCCCAACGCAGCCACGCACAUAAAAGAGACGAUGGUGGCGCGGCAUGUUCUGCUCGCUGUGGAUGGGCCGCACGCAAACGUGGUCAAGAUCAAGCCGCCCAUGGUUUUCGCCGAAGCCGAGGCGGAUCACCUCAUCGCUGAGCUAACCCAGGUGCUUGAAGAGGGUCUACCCGAGGGUGUCAUUGCAGCAGACAGGCAGUGGGAGCCAAGGACGCCCCUCUGA